UCUGGCUUGCAAAAAGGCGGAUCCCUCCCUGCUACUUUGCCUUUCAGAACUUCUUCAGAACCAAUUUUUUUCUUCGGCGGGUCCGGUUACACGCCAAGUCCAACUGAAAUUUCUUUUUAAGUAUUAAAACGACAUUAUAUUUAGUCGAGUUCCACGACCGCCCUCGCUCCGACGACAGAAAGAGUUUUCCAGCUCUAGCUAGCUAACUUUUAACGGGCUAGCAUUUUAACUUGACAACUGCCCUGCAACACAACAGGGAAGGAGCAACCAGAGCAAACACAGGAAGAUGGGAGAUAAAGAAUUGAUGUGGGCAUUGAAGACCGGGGACCUGGACGAGGUCAAAACCAAAUUGGUAACGGCUGAGGAUGUAAACCGGACCCUGGAUGGAGGGAGGAAGCCUCUGCACUACGCUGCAGACUUCGGUCAGACAGAUGUGGUGGAGUACCUAAUUUCCAUGGGAGCAGAUGUCAAUGCUCCUGACAAACACGGGUUCACUCCACUGAUCUCUGCCUGUUACGAGGGUCACGCCUCCUGUGUCAAGAUCCUGCUAGAAAAGGGAGCUGACAAAGACCUGAAAGCACCCAACGGCGACAGUGCCUUUGACGCUGCAGACAGCGAUGUCAUAAAGGCUCUGUUCAAGUGAGACACACAAGUGUGGGAGGUGUGGCCGGACAGGUGGGUGAACGGACAGACAGAUGGAUGCAGUGGUCCCCUGACAGAAGAUGGACUCGCCCCUUUUACCCUUAUCAACCUCUGUCUUAACACUGCUUUUGUCUGUUUGUUGGAGGGUCAUUUUGUCUGUCUGGUGAUUUUCCUAACCUUGUUCUCUCCCCCACCACCCUCACCCAAGUUUUGUGGGAUAGGAUUUUCUCUUCUUUUGGCCUCUGUUUGUAGCCAUUUAACAGGACUUGUCAGUUAUGUCUCCCUUAGGGACCAAUCACUGGGGGAGCACUCUCAUACCUGGAUCCUAAAACACUGCAAGACUAGAAACCAAACUCUAUAAUGUAAACGCAAGGCUUAGCACUUAAAUACACAUCUCUCAUUUCAUUUGCAGUUGUCUCCUAAAACUGUAAAGUCAUCAAACAGUAAUAAGAUCAAUAGUGUGUUAAUAUUUUUUACAACUUCAGUAUAAGUAUUGUAUGGCCAGGGUUUAAUCUCAUGAACAGUAAUUGCACUGUACUAUAUUAGAUAGACUGAACAGAAAGGUUGUAAAAUUGCGCAUUAUACUAACUUUUCAUUAUGUGUGGCCUCUACCUUGAUUUCUUUUUUAAGAGACCAAUCUGUUCCUUCAGUCCAAUCUUGAAAUUUUGGAUCCUUUGGUUGAGAGAGGUCCAGAGGUCAGAUUUUUUUUCCUUUUCUACCUGGCCCUGUAUCACUUACAUAUCAAAUGGUGUAUUUGACAAAUUUUAUGUUGGUAACGCAUAGAAGAUACUCUGUAUUCUUUGACCAAUCACCAUGCUGGCUAACGAGAAAGACUUGAAUGUUGCAAUUUUGAAAUCUGUCACUGAAACCCUUUUGAAGCAAUGUUAAUAUCACAUAAUAGGAUGAGGAAUUUUAGAAACUGGUUCAUUUUGUCAUCCCUGGAGUGAAAUUUCAGAGCAAAAAAAAAAAAAUCCUUUUUUGUUGCAGCUUCUCUGUGUAUUUUGUAAUUGAUGGGCUCUGGGGGCUCUGAGUGAGGAGUAAAUGAGGAGUUGAAACUGGAUGGUGGGGGCCAUUUGUAUUCCCCUAGCCUUGGAUUUGGUUAGAAGCCCUGCCUGUUUCGCUGCAUGUCAAAACUGCCUCUGCUUUUAUGCUAUGAAAUGGUCGCUGUCCUCUCUUGGUUGCUUUAAAAUGAAUUACUACAAUGUAAUGGACAAAAAAAAGAUGCUCUUGCUGACUUUGUUGUGACAAAAAGUCUGUAAAAACAGAAAUAAAAUAUCUAUAAAAUUUU